AUGAUUGGCGGUGUAUUUAUUUACAAUCAUAAAGGUGAAGUGCUUAUAUCCCGUGUUUAUCGUGAUGAUAUUGGACGUAAUGCUGUUGAUGCUUUUCGUGUAAAUGUUAUACAUGCUCGUCAACAGAUGCGUUUUCCUGUUGUUAACAUUGCUCGUACAAAUUUUUUUUAUACAAAACGUUCCAAUAUUUGGAUGUGUGCUGUUACAAAACAAAAUAUCAAUGCAUCUAUGGUAUUUGAAUAUUUAAAUAAAAUGAUUGAUAUAAUGCAAUCAUAUUUUGGUAAAAUAUCAGAAGAAAAUAUUAAAAAUAAUUUUGUAUUAAUCUAUGAAUUAUUAGAUGAAAUAUUAGAUUUUGGUUAUCCACAAAAUAGUGAUCCCGGUAUAUUAAAAACAUUUAUAACACAACAAGGUAUUCGACCGGUAACACGUGAAGAACAAGCAAAUGUAACAUCGAGUGUCACUGGUCAAAUUGGUUGGAGACGAGAAGGUAUUAAAUAUCGUCGAAAUGAAUUAUUUUUAGAUGUUAUUGAAUCGGUUAAUUUAUUAAUGUCACAACAAGGACAAGUAUUGAGUGCACAUGUAGCUGGUAGAGUGGUAAUGAAAAGUUAUCUAAGUGGUAUGCCCGAAUGCAAAUUUGGUAUUAAUGAUAAAAUUACAGUAGAAAAUCGUUUAAAACCUCAUUCGGAUUCCACUAGUGGUACACCAGGAUUAUCUGGAAAUUCUUCCUCAAUGCCGGCAACAAACGGGAAUACACAAACACCUUCAUCCUCAUCAACUUCUGCAACAACAAAAACAUCAAUUGCUAUAGAUGAUUGUCAAUUUCAUCAAUGUGUUAAAUUAUCAAAGUUUGAAUCAGAACACUCAAUAUCAUUCACGCCACCAGAUGGUGAAUUUGAAUUAAUGCGUUAUCGAACAACAAAAGAUAUUAGUUUACCAUUUCGAAUUAUUCCAUUAGUACGUGAAAUUGGUCGUACAAAAAUGGAAGUUAAAGUUGUUGUUAAAUCAAAUUUUAAACCAACAUUGAUCGGCCAAAAAAUUGAAAUACGUAUUCCUACACCUCCGAACACGUGUGAUGUACAACUAUUGUGUAUGAAGGGUAAAGCCCGACAUAAAUCAUCGGAUAAUGCUAUUAUAUGGAAAAUGAAACGUAUGGGUGGUAUGAAAGAAUCACAAUUAUCAGCUGAAAUUGAAUUAUUACCAAAUGAUAAAAAGAAAUGGAAUCGUCCACCAAUAUCAAUGAAUUUUGAAGUACCAUUUGCACCGAGUGGAUUUAAAAAACAAUCAAAUGGGUUAGAUAUAUCGGAAAAAGUGGAUUAUAUGAAACAAGAUGCUAACAUUAUUAGAUUAUUAGCCAAAAAUUUACACAAGGCUUCAACGUCUGUUAGGGGUCAUUCUUAUUUUAAAAAAAACUAG